AUGGCUGAUUCCGAGUUGGAGAGUGCACUGGCGAAGGAAGGCUUGGCAGCAGAGGUCAUCAAAGUGGCCACGGAAGGGGGCUGGACAGCCUCGGCUUUCAAACACGUCGUUGAAACCCAGGCAGAGGUUGAGGGAGCCCUCCCCGAGAUCUUCCCAGGUCAGAUUUUGUCUCGGUUGCAGAUAGCCCAAAUCAAAGCAGCGUGGGCGGGCAUGCAAGCAUCCAGUUCCUCUAGUGCUCUACCGGCCCCAGUCAACGCAGAUCCUACUUUGGAGACAUGGGUCUUGAAUCCAUCUACUCUACCCUCUUUGAGGCUGAUUUCCCUCGCAGCCCAUCAAGAGGCACGUUCGGAGUAUAAAUGGAUAGCUUGGAAACAUCGCAUGACGGAAGAGAAAGCUUCGGAGUUGUUGAUUGCCCGACCCCACAAACAGCCCAAGCUCGAAAUGCUGGGUCUUUCCAGCUUGCUCCUUGAUGAUCCGCCUACAAUCGAAGUGACCGAUGCCAAUAUGGGGAUCAGUGGUAUCCAGCGGAUCUUGGCAGUGCAUGACGUUGCGUUAGCCAUGGUUGGCUCAGCUCACCUUGCCCGCCUCAAAGCCUAUAGCUGCAAGUUUGUCCAGCUUGUGUCCCAGCGUUUCGACCCAGCAUCAGGACUGCGUGCACCGACAAUCCUAGAAGCGCAACAGGCAGAUUGUCGGAUUUGGCAGAGCAUCCAUUCUUUAGUCAGUGAGAAAGCUUGGAGCUUGAAUGACGCGUUGCAUGAGUUCACUGAAAUCAGAGGUGAGCUUAGCACCUUGCUGCAGGCUCGUCCGAAAGCCUUGUUCAUCCCCCGCGGCCCUGAUCUCAAAGGCAAGGGCAAGCAGGUUGGUCAAUGGAAAGGCCUGGGCAAGGGCCGGGGCAAGGAAAAGGGCGGUAAGCCCAAGGGCGCUCCAGGGAGACACAUCACUUUCGCGAAAGAGAUCCAAGUGGGAUCUGAGAAGAAAGGGCUGUGUGUCCAGUGGCAGAUUGGCCGCUGCACAAGGGGAGGCUCCUGCCCCUUUGUUCAUGCAUGUGCAUACCCCAAGCAGGAUGGAUCAGCGUGCGGGAGCAAGUCGCACACAGCCUCGCAGCAUGAGCAGACGCCUCACUGA